AUGACCUCCAAAUCUACUAUUGUGCGGCAAGUAUGUUCAUUUUUAAAAAAGAACAUACUCCUUGUUGCCACAUUGGGUGGAGUGGUUCUUGGAGUCGGAUUGGGCUUUGCUUUAAGAUCUGCGGAUUUAGAUGAACAGUACAAAAGACUGGUUGGGUUCCCUGGAACAAUCUUGCUGUCGCUCUUCAAAAUGAUUGUCCUUCCCUUAAUCACGAUCACUCUCAUCUGUGGAGUUGGCAAAAUGGAUAGAAAACAACUUGGAAUCAUCGGCAGUCUUUCGCUGCUCCUUUUUCUUGUGACAACGCUUAUCGCAGUUAGCAUUGGAUUGCUCGCUGUCUUCUUGGUUAAUCCCGGCAAUCCUUCUACAACCAUGGGCGCAUUCAAAGGCGAUUUUAAAGCGGACAAAAUUUCCACAAUUGACACGCUUCUAGAUUUGCUGAGAGGUGCUUUUCCCGAGAAUUUGUUCGAAGCAACAUUGUUUUCCCCGAAGACUAAAUACACGAAUAAAACAAAUGCCGCAAAUGUGACGAAAACUGAAGUGAAAAUUGAAAGGGCGAAUGGAAGUAACAUUAUGGGACUCGUGCUGUUUGCAAUGGUGUUUGGAGGGACGCUUUCAUAUCUUGGUGAAGACGCAAAACCACUAAUGGACGUGAUGAAUGUGGCGGAUAGAGCAAUUGGUCUAAUUACGAUGCUUGUCAUUUGGUAUACUCCAUUUGGUCUUAUUUACUUGAUCGCCGACAAAAUUAUCGACAUUCACGACUUUGCCACAACCGCCAAGAUGCUAGGAUUAUAUUUGAUGGUUUCAUUGUUGUGUCAGCUGUUAGUCUUUAUUAUGCAAAACGUGAUUUACACGGUGCUAGCCUGGAGAAAUCCGUUCGAGCUUCUAUUUUCACAAGCGAAGGCUUUGGCUUUGGCAGCUGGAACAUCAUCUAGCAUGGCAACAUUGCCCGUCAACAUGGAAUGCAUAGAAAAGAACAUGGGCGUCGUCAAAGCAAUUUCUCAAGUUGUUCUACCAGUCGGAGCUACAGUUAACAUGAAUGGAACCGCCGUUCAUAUUGCUAUUUCCUCGAUCUUUAUCGCGCAACUAAAUGGUGCUCACUUAAGUUUCACGGAGUACUUGGUUGUUUGGAUUACGUCAACUAUCGCAGCCGUGGGAGCCGCCGGUGUGCCUUCAUCAUCAAUUUUCACGAUGGUCGCUGUUCUAACCGCUAUUGGUCAAGAUGUUCGCGAUAUAUCAUUGAUUCUGCCACUUGAAUGGAUUUUGGACCGGUGUCGUACUGUCAAUAACACUUAUGGAGAUGCCAUGGUUGCCUGCAUUUUAAAUCGAUACUUAGGAAAGAAAAUGAGCCAACAGAAAGAUAAGACAAAGACAAAAGUGGAGAUCAAAUCACCACUCGCUCAAUUUGCCGAGAGUAGAUACACCGCAAGCUCGGUAGAAAGCAAGUACGACAUAGACGAUACGGCCAAGCAAAUGGAAAAUGAAGUC